AUGCUUGUUUUAGUCCUGGAGCAACUCUCCAAACAGGACCCCUUGCUCUCCUUGGAGAAGGACCAGGUGAAGCUACUGUCACGCUUUGAGGCCCUGUUCCAGGAAUACUACAACAGACCUUACCCAGGCCAAGCCCAGAACAUUGCACUAGGCCUAGGCACUAAGCAGCUGGAGAAUCUGACUAAAGUGGAACAGGUGAACCUAGCCUUCACCACAGCCUUCUGGAAGAUGGACCGGCUCCUGGGGCUUGGCAAGGACGAGACCUCCAAGAUCCGCUGGAGUGGUUGCACAGCGCUAUUCUGCCUUAUCGACAGUGGGCUGCCCUCCUCAGACGAGAAGGAGCAGGGUACAGGACAGGAGAGUAAUAUACCAAAGCCCUCACAGGAGUUACAGGGUGGAAGAAUUCUCAUUGCUGACUGUGGUAAAGUCCAUUCGGAGCGCAAACACAUCCUCUGGUCCGGAGAGACAAUCAGCAUCAACAAACAGCACGGUCUGGUGGAGUGGCUGACCAAGGCCACCCGAGUGCUUAGUCAUUAUGGCGAUCGCAAGCUGAAGUCAGUCAUCCCUGUGCCUUACUCUGUGUCGCUGCCCACGGACCCAUCCUACCAGCUGCUGGUUCUAGCGUCCAGUGACCUCUGGGAAGUAUUGGAUGAUCACGCAUCCUGCAGCAGGAGUGAGGUCAAUGUGAAGGAAACUAUGGCUGACAGUCUGAAGAAUCUCACCUUGAACUACGAGUGCCUUGCAGCUGACAUUUGUAGAGAGCUAAUGGACACAGUGUUGGUCUCAGGUUCAAAGGAAAACAUUUCAGUCAUGACGGAGAUGUCGUCAUCUCGGCAGCAGGUGCAAGGGGGAAUGCUUGAUUUGAUAGUCCUUACCUGA